AAAUUAUGUAAGUAUAGAGAUUAGAACAUAGCAAAUUGGCAAUUAUAGGUAAUGUUGAUUCAGGUAAAUCAACAUUAGUUGGAGUGUUAACAAAAGGAAUAUUAGAUGAUGGAAGAGGUGGUGCUAGAGAGGUUUGUAUUUUAAUUUAUUAAAGCGUGUUUUUAAUUACAAGCAUGAAAAAGAGAAUGGAAGGACAUCUUCAGUUGCACAAGAAAUAAUGGGAUUUGAUGAAAAUUUAAAGUAAGUACUACCUGAAAGAUUCAAUUAAAAUAAGAACAAAUAUUGGAGUCUUGUAGUUGAAAAGAGUAAAAAGAUAGUUACAUUUUUGGAUCUUUGUGGUCAUGAAAAAUAUUUAAAAACUACAAUAUUUGGUUUAGUUGCUAUGAUUCCAGAUUAUUCUUUAAUUAUAGUUGGAGCAAAUAUGGGAGUAUCAAAAAUGACAAGAGAACAUUUGGGAGUGAGUUUAUUUUUGAAAAUACCAUUUGCAAUAGUGUUAACAAAAAUUGAUAUAGCUCCAUAAAAUGUUUAUAAUGAAACAAUUGAAAAUAUAAAAGCUUUGAUUCGUAGUCCAGCAAUAAAAAGAACAGCAGUUGUAUUUGAUGAGAAGUCUGGAAUGGAUGAAAUUGAUAAAUGGGCAGCACUUAUGCAUGGAAAUAAUGUUGUUCCAAUAUUUUAAGUGUCUAGUGUGACAGGAAAUGGAUUAUCAUAAUUAGCUCGUUUCAUAAGUAGAGUACCAAAUAGAGAUGAUAUAAAUAAAGCUUAUUAAUCAGUAAAUGAUCCAUUCUAAUUUGAUAUACAAGAGAAUUUUAAUGUUCCUGGAGUUGGUGUUGUUGUUAGUGGAAUAGUAAGAAGUGGAAAAGCAGGAUUGAAUUAACAUACUUUAUUGGGACCAGAUAAAGGAAAAAGUAUAUAUUAAAUAUAUUGUAAUUUAGCAUUUAAGCCAGUAACUAUCAAAUCUAUACACAUAAAUAGAGUGGCAGUUGAAUCAGCAUAAGUAGGUGAAUUUGCAUGUUUUGCUCUUAAACCAUCUAAGGCUGGUGAUAAAUUAGAUAGAGCUGAUUUUAGAAAGGGAAUGAUAUUAAUUGAUCCUGCAGUGAAACCUGAACCAGUUAUAGAAUUCGAAGUAUAAAUAUAUAUAUAUAAUAAUUUUAGGCUAAUAUUCAUGUACUCCAUCAUCCUACUACAAUGAGUCAUGGAUAUUAAGCAGUUAUGCAUUGUGGUGUUAUUAGAUAAGCUGUAGAAAUGAAGAAAAUAUUCUAACAUGAAGUAUUACGUACUGGAGAUGUAGACACAGUGAGGUAAAUAAUUUAAUUAAUUAAAAGAUUACGAUUUCUUUAUGCUGCAGAAUAUCUAAAAACUGAAUAGAUUCUUGUAAUUAGAGAAGGUAGAACUAAAAUAUUUGGAUAUAUAUCUAAACUUAUUACAGAUAAAUAAUUAGAGGAUGAAAAGAAAGUUUAAGUAAUUCCAAAUUAGUAAUAAUAAUAAUAAUAAUAAUAAUAAUAAAUAUAAUAAAUUUGAUUAUUUUAUAAUUUAUGAUUAAAAUCAUUACUCCUUAAGAUAGAAGAUAUUUUGCAUAACCAAAACAAGAUCAAUUAGUUAUGAGAUGUGAACCAUUAGCUAUUGUACUCUUUAAAGAAUUUAGAGCAAAUCAUUGUAAUUAUUGUUUAUAAGGAUCCUAAACAAAUCGUUGUUCAAUUUGUAAAUAAUAUUUUUAUUGUUCUGUGUCUUGUUAAAAAAAUGAUUGGAAAUAACAUAAAAUUGAAUGUUAAUUAUUGAGUAAAAUAAAUAAGGAAAUGCCAUGUAAUAUGUUAAUACUCAUAAGACUAUUUCAGAAUAAUAUUGAUAUUUAGAAUUUUUAUGGAGAUGUAGAUAAAAAUAUUGAUUAAUAAACUUAUUAAUAAUUUUUUGAUUGUGCUGCUUAUAUUGUAAAAAUUGGUUAAUUAGAUAAUGAAAGUUUUGGAAAAUUAAUGUCAAUAUAAGUAAAAAUUCAUUUAAAUACUUUUACUGUAACUGAUAUUAAUGGUGAUACUUUAGGAAUUGCAUUAUAUACUCCUGCUAAUUUUUUAAAUCAUAAAUGUAUCAAAACAUCAUUAAAAUAAAAGAAUGUUGCUAAUUGUUCUCAUUUUUUUAAUCAAAGAUAAUUAAUUAUAACAACUAAUAAUUCUUUUAUUUAAAAUGAAAAUGAUCCAUAAGAACUUUGUAUAAGUUAUGGAAAUAUUAUUAAUUUUAAAGAUAGAUAAAAAUUUUUGUAAUAAUAAUAUGGAUUUAUUUGUGACUGUGAUAGAUGUCAAUAAGAAUAGACAGACACUAAUAAUUAAGAAGACAUAGAUUAAUUAAAUCUAAAAUAAUAAGAAUAUUUAACUCUAUUAAAUCAAUAAAAAUUUAAAAAAGCAUUUCUUAUUUUAGAGGAAAUUAUUAUUUUGAUGCCCAAAUAUUAUGAUAAUGAUAAACAUCCAUAUAUUGGAUGGAAAAUGAAUGAAGCAUCUAAAUUGGGAUUUCACUUAAAUUAUCUUUUAAAAGCUGAAAAUUAUAGUAUUUAAGCUAUAAAAUUACUUGAACCUUAUUAUCUUGAAAAUGAAUAAUUUAAAGAAUUAUUAGGUAGAUUAAAAGAUAUUAAGGCUGAAAUAAAGAUGUAAAAAUGA